CCCACUCUGUUAAGUCAGUUUCGUUUGUUCGGCCGUGAGGCGUCUGCUGUAAAUAACGCUUUAAAGAUGGGCGCAUCUAAUGGCAAACCUCUGAAAUGUCCCCUGUGUCACGAGGAGUGUCGCGAGCAGGUGACCCUGGCCUGCGCUCACAGCUUCUGUCGGGUUUGUAUCAGAGAGUUGUGGAGCGGGUCACGGACCGGACCGUAUUACUGCCCCGAAUGUAGGUACGAGUACCAGCAUCUGCCGGACUACACCGACGGAGCGUCAACGUCUGCAGGCAUACCAGACACACAUUGGCCGUUCAGAACCAAGCUGUACGGCCGGCACUCGAAGAAAUGGCACGGGAAGAGGAAGUUCAGCUCAGCAUUCCACAGUGGAGGACACAGGCUGGGCUCAACCCUGUCUAAUAACCCCGUCAGUGGUUAUGAUGUUAUCAAAAUCACCGACUCUGAUGAAGACGCGUCAAUACCACGGAAAAGAAAAGCCGCAGCAGACGGAUGCUCUUCUGGAAGCCAGUCUUCAUCAGUGGUUUGGGGGAACACGUCCUCACAGCGCACGCCUCCAGACACAGAUGAGAUCACGUCUGCUCCUGAGAGGAACGCAUCUUCCCCUCAGCAAGACCAGCAGCCUGUGGCUUCCUGCAGUGACCCCGGCUCACCCAGGACGAGCGACACCCCUCAGGGAGGGAAAACCUCCUCACCGGCUGUCGGUGCCACCUCUCAUGCACCCGGAAGGCAGGAAACAGAUUUUAACAGCGGAGAGCCCCUCAGUAUCUCAGCAGCAGCAGCAGCAUCAAGCAGGCUUUCCAGCAGCAGUUCCGUGCCUUGCCAUUACUGUCCCAGUUCAGAACAGAAGGCGGCGGUAAAGACCUGCCUGAUUUGUGGGGCCUCCAUGUGCCCAGAACACCUGCGGGCUCACCUGGAAAAGCCGGUGUUCCAGAACCACCCGCUGGUGAACGCCGUAGAGGAUGUGUCUCUGUGGAGAUGUCAGGAGCACCAGGAGAUGAACCGGAUCUACUGUCGCUCGUGUGCGGUGUGCGUUUGUACUGUGUGCUCGCUGGUCGGGUCACACAAGGGCCACGAGUGCAUCAGCAUCCGGGAGGCAGAGCAGGAGCUCAGGGGUUCACUGAAGGAUAAGAUGCAGAAAAUACAAAAAACGGAAAAGUCCAUUCAGGAAAAACUCUCUGAGCUCCGAGAGAAAAAACUAGGCGUUCAGGCAGGGCUGGAGGAUGUGCGGGCGGCCGUAUUGCAGCAGUAUCAGGCCAUGCGGGUGGCUCUGGAGCAAGAGGAGGAGCAGGCUUUACUCUGCGUGACCCAGGAAGAGGACAGAGUGCUGGGAAGCAUUGAAAAGCAGCUGGACGCAUUACAGGGCGCCUUGAUAUCUAGCCAGAGUAUAUUAAACACCCUGCAGGGAAUGACCGAUGCUGAAGGGGUGUCCAAGUACAAAGAUCAGGCCUUCAUCUUGGAAUACAGCAAGAUGGCAGGACAACUGACCGAAUUGUCUGAUCCGGUGCAAAAUCUUGAGACUCCUGAAGAGAUGAACCAGAACCGGCUGGACUGUCUUAAUGACUGGACCGAGAGGAGACUGGAGACUGUGCUCAUAUCACUUCCUCACAGAGACCCUUUCAGACUGCUCUAUGGAAUAAGCCCAGCUCUAGACCCUGAUACUGUCCAUCCGAAGCUGCUGCUGUCAGAUGACAACCGAACGGUGCAGUACAGCGAGACCCAGCAGGACUACCCCGAGCAGGAGGCACGCUUCAACACUUUCCCUCAGGUACUAGGCUCUCACGCCAUAGAUGGAGGCUGCUGCUACUGGGAAGUGGAGGUCUCUCUGGAUGAGGGCCGCUGGAAGGUGGGGGUCUGUGAUGGACGGAUAGGCAGAAAGGGGCAAAAGGACAUCUGCCGUAUUGGUUUCUACCCUAAUUCUUGGUGUUUGAUUUACGAGAAGGGAAAGGUGGAAGCCCUGCACGAUAAGGUAGCUUCACCCGUGUGUUCUGCUGAACUCUGGAAGGUCGGGGUGCUGCUGAAUUUUAGCGAGGGUCGCUUGACUUUUUAUAGCGUGUCCAGGGAGGGAUCUCUUUCUUUGCUCUACAGUUUUGAGCAUACGUUCACUGAGCCGCUGUAUCCCGCACUGGCCGUGUCUAAAACUCAGAUCAGCAUCUGUGAUAUAUUUACCAAGACCACUACAGACUAGACUGUGAGGUUUUAUUAUAAUGUUAAAGGAAUUCUUCGCACUUCAAACUUUUUGGUUAAUUUGCUCUCUCUUAGGCUAUCCGAGCGAGAUGUAGAUUACUUUCUUUCUCCAAUACAACAGUAGAUUUUUAGCUGAGCUGCUUUGUGAUUUAUAAAAUGCUAGUUACGAAGAGCUAGCAUCACUAAAAAUAAACCUCUGGCUCUUAACAAUAUAUUGAGCUCUUAUGAAGCUAAACAUGAAUAAAGUUUAAAAUAAUGUAUAGUUUCUUCCACAGACUAUUCACUUCGCUUCAUAUGACCUCAAAAUAUCAUUUUGUGUUAAUUUGUUCCAUUUUGUUUAUAUAAGUGACUUGUAUGAACCCCCGAAGACCAAGGGUUUAGCUAGAAAUAAUUUUGAAUGUUCUGCAGAAAAGUCACCUAUGUCUCGGAUGGCCUAAGGGUGAAUAAAUAAACUUCAUUCCUAAUAAUAAACUAUUCCUUUAAGUAAUACAAAUCACUUUUACAUUCCACAAAACAUCGCUGUUGAACCCAAGUGUGUAAGAGGUCUUGAAAUCCAUGGCCUUUUUUAUCGUGUGAUUGAUGAUGAUGGUGUUUGCAUGGAUAUGAUUUACAUAUCUGACCUUUUAAAACUCUAUUUUCAUUCCAAAUAUGUUUUAUAUACCCAUUUAUAUGUUCAUCGGAUGUGGCGUUUUAUCAAAACAAUCUUGCACAACUUUUUUUUAACUUUUUUUCAGCCAGUUCUUGAACUCUUUUUUUAUGUUUUUGAUAGGAUUCAUUUUAUGACUUGAGAUAAAGAAUUAGUAUUUUUAUAUGGAGUGAAAUAUAAACUUGCACUGUAUUUACAUGCACAUACCGAAAUCAAAUGAAGGCCAGGACAAAUAUGUCAAAAAAAAUCAUUCAACAUUCCAAAUGAAACUCUUUACUAAGUUACUUUCUGAAGCCUUGUAGUCUUAUUUCAGUCUACAAUAAAUAUCAUUACAUCAUUAUACAGGUUUAUUGUUAUGUAUAUAUAUAUUUUUUACCAGUAUCUUAAGCAAUUUCCUGAUGGUUUUGAUAUUUAUAAUAUUUACUACAAUAUCUCUGUCUUUCCUUUCUAGAUUUUGCCAAUGCUGAAGUUAAAUUAGCGUUGGCAGUGUAAUGUUUCAGCCUGUGUAAAUUAUACAUAUUCCAUUUCAACUCUAGGUGGCAGUAUUGUUUAAUAUCUAAACAAGUAACGUUGACACUUAAUUCAUCCUGAGGAAAUCAUACAGAUAGUUUGAACUGUGCCGCAGUGUUUCAUGAAAUAAAUUCAGAUGAUUUUAAAAAA